UGAUUAUUAACUUUAACUUUUACUUUUACUUUUACUUUAUUAUGCAUGUGAUUCCAGCUGGAGAAAGCAACUUGCCAUACACAAGUUGAUUUAUACUCCAACUUUUUCUCACUUGAUCACUAAUAAGAAUUCUUCUAUAUAUAUAUAUAACACAACACUUGAUCAUUAAGUUGUAUCUUAUAUCAACACAACUUGCAUGGUGCUAUAGCAAUGGAUCAAAAUCUUCAGGAUGAUCAGGCUUCUACUUCUAGACCACAUCCAACUAUUCCUCCCCAAAUUAUCGAUCCACGUGAUGAAUGGUCGAUUAGAAUGGCCCUUUUCCAUGCAGCACUCAGUGGAGACUACGCUAAAGCUAAACGUAUUAUUAAUAAUAAUUAUGAAAACCCUAAUUAUGAUCUGUUUAACAACCACCUUCUAAAGACUGACAACAGAAGAGAAACUCUUCUCCAUGUGGCGGCCGGAGCCAACCAAACCGAGUUUGUUAAAGGGAUAUUUAAGCAACAUUUGGGGAACAUCAACCUCACAGACGUGGAUGCAAACGGCAACACCGCCUUUUUCUUGGCUUGUGCUACCGGUGACAUCAAAAUGGUUAAAGAAUUUCUUAAAGAUCGUGUUAAUAUGCCAAGAAAUAUCAUCACCACGUCGAACACUAAAGGCGUCAGCCCAUUUGCCAUUGCUGUUUCAUUUGGUCAUGGAGAGGUAGCAUCAUAUUUGUAUAAGCAACCUCAAAUUACAACUUAUUUUGCUCAUGAUCAAAGUCAAGACAAAAUGAAAAUUUUUUACAAUUGCAUCUACAACGAUUUGUAUGAUUUAGCACUAACGAUGGUAGAAAAUGAUGAUGAAUUUGCAAAUCGUGUGGUGAAUAGUAGGGAUGAAGAAGGACUAACACCUUUGCACUUCUUGUCUCGGAAGCCCCCUUACUUGUUCUCAUCUCCUAAAAGUACUAUAUGUUCCAAAUUAUUUGGCAAAUCAGAGGCACAAGAGGAAUCAAAAGCAUUAAAAUUGGUGAAAAGGCUGUGGAAUCAAACUUUGGAGUUAAAGCAUUACAAUUAUGCUGCAAUUAGUAGUGUAAUUAGUUCACCAUUUCACUUAUUGAUGGAAGCAACCAAAUAUCGUCAAGUGGAAAUAUUUAAGCUAAUACAUGAGGUAGGUUUAUCAAAACAAGUGGUACAAAGUUAUGAAGAUAAAAAACAAAACAACUUGUUGCAUCUUGCUGCCCGUAAACCACCGGAAAAUAUACUUCGGAGGAGUAUCGUAGGAUCGGCGCUACAAAUGCGAGAAGAAAUCUUGUGGUUUCAGGAGGUUAGAAAGAUUGUGAUCCCUGCAUUCAGGAACAAAAUGAAUUCAAAGCAUCAAACACCACAAGACUUGUUCACCAAAGAACAUAGUCAAUUGAUGAAAGAAUCAGAAAAAUGGAUGAAAAAGAAUGCAAAUAUUUGUCUACUUGUCGCAACAAUAAUUGUUACAAUAAUCUUCCAAGCAAAUUCUGACAUCUCCAAGGAUGAAAAACCAAACUCAUCAUCAUCAUCAUCCAUACUAAAAAAUAUUCUUUCGAUAUCAAAUAUCAUUGCCAUGUCAUCUUCUUCAAUCGCCAUAAUGCUAAACUUGUUCAUCAUAAUCUCUCGAUUCUCCGAAGAUGACUUAUUUCUACCAUUGCCAUUGGCAUUCAUAAUUGGAAUACUUUCGCUUUACGUGUCUGUGAUUUUCACGAUGACGAGUUUUUGCCUCACAACUUUCAUGGCUACAGAAUCUUUAGCAAUACGACUUUGUGCCUGCCUUUUGGAGUUUUUGCCAAUAAUUUUGUUUCCUUUUCUUGUGUUUCCAAUCUUCAUUGAUUUGACUAACAUAAUAUUCUUCUCUCAAUCCAAGUUCAAGCCUAGAAAGAGACUACUCGGUUGGUAUCAUGAGAUAGAGAAUGGAGAAGCACGAAGAAGCCAUAAUGAAAACACUACUGCCGUCAGUUCAAGAAGAAGCCAUAAUGAUCAAAACACUAAUACAGAAAUUUCUAAUCCAGCUGGAGGAACCCAUAAUGAAAACACUACUACAGAAACUACUAUUCCUGAUCCAAGAAGAAGCCAUAAUGAAAACAUUACUACAGAAACUACUAUUCCUAUCGGUCCUCAUAUCAUUUUUCUUCAGAAACUAAAAAGAUUAUUUAAGUGUUUUAAUAAUAGUAGUACUACUGGAGAGAUGCAAGCCUAGAUCAAUUACGAAUGGUUAUUAUGUUACAUAAUAAUAAUAAGUGUUUUAUAAGCUUUUAUUUUGUAUUUUAUCAGUAAAUAUUAUAUUAUAAUUAAUGUAAAUUAUGUAAUGAUUGUACUAUCUUGGGACUUGGCUCAAAUUGCAUAAUAGAUAUAUGUAAUGACUAUA